AUGGCUGAAGGUGAUAGUUUCAAAUGUUCUCGAUUCUUGAAAGGUUCUAAUCCUGUCAAGAUUGUUCUGGUGAUGCUAUGUGUUGGGCUCGUGGUGCAACAGAUAUCAGUGUGCAUCCAGAAGCUGAUAGACAUCCCAGUGACCACGUAUACACACUUUGAUUUUAAUAAAACCAUUACGUAUCCUAGCAUCACUCUGUGCAGGGAGCCAGCUUACAAACAGGACAAGUUGUUAGAAUACGGUCUAUAUUCUCAUCCUCUCAUAACAUCAGCGUGGAGGAACUUUAAUUUCUCCGGCAUCUCCCUGGACGUGCUCUGGGAAGAAAUCACUUACAACGAAGAGGAUUUCUUUGUCCAAUACGCUUUGGACUCCUUGAGAGACAAUGUUGAGGUGACUUCAACUAUGACGUUUAUGCACGGUCGCUGCUACACUCUCUCUCCGCGAGAUCUGUCAAGGAAAGCCGAGGCCACUAUCGAAAGCGGGUACUCCAUAAUGGUACAGCAUAACAGAACUGAUCUUGAAAACCCCAUCACUCUUAAAGCACCUGGUUACUAUGUCUUCGUUCACUAUAUGCGCGAACCGUUUACAGAGGUGGACGUGUUCAAUGGUGGUCUGGUGGACCAGCUGUAUGUGAACACGGGAGAGACCCUCACGGCCAAGCUGAAGGUCGACGAGUAUGUCAAGAUAAAUGAUGAUGAAGAUCCCUGUUCUCGUACAGCCAACUACAGUGCUAGUGCUUGUACAACUCAACACGUUUCCGACGAGGUGGUUUCGGCAGUGAACUGCUCCGGACCCUGGAUGAACAGCGACAGACCAUAUUGUAACAACUUCCAAGACAUGAGAAAUCUUAUUUCCACUUAUUCCUCGUUGUACAGAAACCACAACAGUACCUGCCCUCGCCUGUGUCAUUCAUAUCUCUAUAACGUGUAUGUCACUGAUAGACAGAAGUUCUACUUCUGGGACACCAAGAAGACGUCAGAAGCUGCUCUACAGACACAACUAUAUUUCUACUUCAACAGUAUGAUGGUGUCAGUGUUUGAGGAGAAAUAUAAUUACGACUGGAAUGUGUUCUUAGCGGACCUCGGAGGUAGCGUGGGUUUUCUUUUGGGUCUGUCUGUGAUUGGUUUGAUAAAUAUCAUCGGCAAGAUCUGGAUCAUGCUCGAACCUUUGAUAUGUAAGAAGAAUGUUAAAGACGUCACGAAGAAAGUAGACGCAGAAAAAUAG